CUGCUCAUGUGUUGUUUUGACAUUUCUUCCUGGGGUUGCAGUUCUUUUCUUUUCAGUUUCCACGUAAACCACUGUCAUUUCAAAUAUGGGACGAACAGUCAUUGCCGAAGAUGGAAUUGAGGCGUACGUAGCAUGUUUGGCAUCAAAAAAAGAGUUGGUCGUUGGUUUAAUUUUCGGCCAAGAAAUUACUUCCCAAAAGUCGUGUGUAAUUCACAUGGCUCGAACGCCGGAACCCGUCCCUGAAGAUAAUGAAGAAAACGAAUUGGAAUCCUCCUCACACACCAAAAAUGCAGACAAAGGAAAGCUGAAUACUGAAGAUUUCGAUGAUUCUUUAGUGCUUGACCAUGCUCGACAGGUGAUGAGAUCUUUACCUGGAGGGAUCACAAUAUUAGGUGUUUUUAUGGUUUCAAGUGUAGAUCCGUUUCAGAAUUCCACAAUGAAUAAUCGUCUAAGAAAGCUAUUGACUUCAAUUGAUCUUAUUGUUGGGAAAAGUUCUGUUACUGUCAGACAACAAUUGACAUGUGAAAGGAUUGCGCUACACAUUUCGAACACCAACAUUAAGUACAAUUGCAAAACCUUAGACAUUGCUAGCCCAAUUGCUUCUCCUAAACCUGCUGAUUGGAAAUUUGUUAAUGCUGCUGGUUCUCCUUGGAUAGAACUACAGUGCACAACAAAUGUAGAGUUUUUUAUUGGGUUGUCAGAUUCAGAAUCUUCAGGUACCCUGAGACAACAGCUGGAAACCGGGAUAGAUCUGUAUAGCAAAGCUGUCAAGCAAUGCAUCUCUCUUUUUGAUGGGAAAAUCCUAUCGGAUUCGGAUUUAUUGGAUGACGCAUCAACCGAAAAGAGCACUGGAAAAAAGAAGUCCUCAAAGCAACAUAAUAGCAGCGAGGAACGAAUGAAAACUAUGAAUGUUCAAAUCCUUAUUCCAGAGAUCGAAACUAAGCAAGAAAAGCAAGAAUGUUCUUCAGAGCUGAGAUUUGGAGGCCAAAUGUGUAUCAAGGCUUAUGUGCACGGAAAGGCUACUGUUCGGGAAGCAGGCCAAGUCAUCAAGGAAGAUAUAUUGCGCUCGCUAUGGGCUCGAUGUGACAUGCAUUGCGAUUCGUUGAUUGGAGAAGAGCAGCGAGGGCAGCCGGAUGUCAAAGCUGUUCUACACGAACCUCCAAGAAGAGUCUUGGCUCCUCUCCCGUUCAGUCCAAUAUCUGUGUCUGAUUACCUUUUCCCCGGAGAAGGACCAGCAGACUCUUUGGCAUCUCUGGCUGAUCUGCUGGACUUGGGCACGCUAUUGGAUGGCGACGUUCAGGAUUAUUGGGAAGCAGCUGCAGAGGUAAAUGAUGCCGAGCUGCAGAUCCAAUCGGAUAGUACGCUCUUGGAAACGUCAGUGACUAAACAGAUUUUAGCGACGCCUUCCACUAAUUCACGCGCCAUUUUGCUCUCCGGUCUCAUCGCUCUUCUGGCUAUAGUUUUUUCAUAUUUAACUCUACAAAUAUUCAAAACCAACUGAUAAUCUUUUUUCAGUUUGAAAUUGCCUUUGUUCAAGGUUGGCUUUGGUUAACCUGGUGAUAUUUCUUACUAUGGUUUAUAAAAUUUUUACACGGUAAUAAAAAAAGGGGUUGGCUAUA